UCCGCCUGCAGGGGUUGAUAUACCCUCUAUGACUACUUCUGCCACUGUCUCAGAGCCUGUCGGACCUCAACCUGAGGGGACGUCCGUUGGCGUUGAAUCUCGAUCUUCCCUAUACGAGCGCGUCCGCGCCCUUCUGGUCGAUACUCAUCCUGACAGAGAGGCUUUUCGUACGGACCUCAGCUUCUUCACUGCCUUUUAUAACGGCCUGAUCGAGAAACUUCUUCAUAGAGGAGGCGGCUUCGAUCAGUUCAGGCGUUCCUUUUCUCGCCACAUGAUGAUGAUGAGGGAAGAAGGAUACCCGGAGUUGGCCGAUUCCUUUACUGCUGAUUUCGCCGCCCUGGAGUCGGAGAUACGAGAGUUGAAGGAGUUGGAGGUUACCGGGGCUUCUUCUUUCGUGUCCUCUCAGUUGGAGCUUAGGAUGGCACAGUGACGUGACCUGAAAUCUUCCAUCGGGUGCGCGCUUCAGUCACACGAGAGCUCCAUUGCGCAACUAAUGGCUAACGUGGCGAGGAAAGAUACAGAGAGAGCUGAGCUACUCCGCUCUUUGGACUCGAAUCGCGAGGAAACGAUUAGGUUGAAAGAGGCCUUGAAGUGCAUUGAGGAAUCCACUGCUCUUAUUGUAGGUGACCUGGCUGGACUAGAGCGUUCUCGUGAACAGGUACUCAAGGAGCUCGGAUCCACCCAGGAGAGACUG